GUUAAUGAGUGACCAGAAGCAGGGAGGGAGUGGGAGGCUUGAUGCCCUUCUCAGAGAGAGAGAGAGAGAGUCUUGGGUCUGGGUCUGUCCGGAGUCUCCUUUCUUGCAGCCAUGAAGCUCCUCGUUGUGCUGUUUGGCUUGACCGUGGUCACAGGAGGCCAGGGCUUGACCAUCAGAGAAGACCACCAUUCAGAGCCCAAGUUAGAAGAGUUGAUGGGGAAAAUAUACGGAUUCUGGACAGAAGCCUUCCAUGCCAUAACGGAGAAAUUCAAUACCAUCCGCAGUUAUGAGCCUGUCAGGACUGUCGGGGAACAGCAGGAGAAAACCUUGGAAACCCUCUGGCAGCAAAUGGGAGAGCUUCCUCCUGAGAUGAGGGAAGCAAUGGAGAAAGUGUCGACUCUCAGUUGGGCUGCCUUGGGGAAGUCUUUUUGGGCUUUCUUUGAGUGGAAAUGGCGCUAUUAUAAUGAAUUAAGAGUAAUCACAGAAGCGCUGGCACUGUACGUCGACCCAGUGGCCUCCAAGGCGUUUUGGUGCGUGGAGUGGCUGGAGCAGAACGUCGGGCCCACAGCGAUCAAUAUAUACCAAGAGAUCGAGAGACCCUUUGAUCAAGCGAUAGAGUCCCUGAUGAGCACACUGUCCCCUUACACCAAGGACCUGGAAGAAAUCGGGGAAAGCCUCCAAGCCCCGCUGAAUGAAGUGGCCAAGCAGCUCCGACUGGGGGUGGAGACCCUCAACGCAGACUUGAAGCCCUACUGGGUCCCGUUCCUGACGGAGUACAAGAAGUACGACCCAGCGCUCAUGGAGUGGAUAACAGGACCUUUGUUCCCCCCUCCGAAAGAAGACAGCUAUCACGUUGCCAGGGCUCCGCCUUAUUCAGAGGCAGAGAUGAACCAAACAACAACCCAGGUGUAUAAAACAAUUUAAUUAAAACAGCACUUACUUUCUGGCUGUUUUAUUAGUCCAAAAUGUAAAACAUAAAGAUUGCACUCAGCCACAGAAUAAACAAAAAUAGCAAA